GUGCAGUAUUAAUGCGCGCCUCUCGCGAGUGUGUUUGUGAGUGUGUGUGAGUGCACAUACUACAUACGUGCCAGUGUGUCUCUGUGUAUAUACCGUGCCUGUAGUGUGCCCUGUGCAUAUGUAUACAAGCUCUGCUCCGUAGUGUAUACCUGCGUCAAGUCGAGUAGAGAAGCAGAGAGCAGAAGCGAAAAAGAUAAAGAAAAUAAAAAAACAGGAGGAACGGCAGCAGCAGCAGCUAAGAUCGGAGCUCUGCGCUGGCAAAGGGAAUGCGUGAAGGUAUAUAAGUUUGCGUCUUAGUGGUCUAUGCUGCAGCUAUAUAUGUAUAUCUGUAGGAUAAAGACGAGCGAGAGUCGUGUCAGCCGAGGAGCAGCGAGCGAAGAAUAUAUUUACCCAGCGCACCGCUGCAGAUACACAGUGAUACUCGAGAGCAUAUAAGAGAAUUUAGUGCGUCCCUGUGCGAGUAUAGAUAUACGUUAUAGUGCGCGCGACAAAGCGCAUAGCGGCAGAUAUAUAUAUACAUAAGCAGUAGCAGCAGCAGCAGUUGUUGGUGUGCGCUAGCUAUACCUAUAUAGGUGUGUCGGGCGCGCGCGAAUACGAGCACCCUGCGCUGCCGCCUGCCAAGUGUGCAUAAUACGAGUGCGCGUGCAGUUUCUGGAUGUGUGCAGUGAGUGCUGAUCGGCGGAGUUCGUUGUGCAGCUCCUGCAGCUUCGCUGCGAAUACUCUCGCGGAGUAGUAGUAGUAGUAGUUGUAGUAGUGCGUAGUGAGCAGCAGCAGCAGCAACAGCAGAAGCAGUGGCAAACUCUGCGCGGCUGCUUGUGCCAGAGAGGGAUGACGCGCUGGAUACGCAGCCGACUACUAGUCUAGAGUCCGCAGGCCAUGUCGCCCGGCAAAGAGGACGACGAGCCUAGACAGCAGCAGCAGCUCGACUACUUCUUUUCUCUCCUCAAACACUGCCUCCAGCAUCUCAGAACCAGGAUGUCUCAGUUGGCCAAGAGAAGCUGAACGACUCAACUAAGGAGCAAUGAACGAGGAACUGCGUCCGGAUUGCAUGGCCGGCUGAGGCUUACAGACCUCGGACCCUUUUCCUGUCCUCCUCGACACACAUACUCACACACUCAAACUCGGUCCUUUCUGCAAAAUAGUCUUGGCAGCCAGUCCAGCGUGCCUGGACAGAGCUAGUCACUCGCUUUCUCCUCUUCCUCUCUAAGCAGUCUCGAAUCUCCGAUUCCACCCUGUCUCUCGAUACCCGGAGCAAACCGAAUCACCGCCACACACAUCGCCAUGGCCGUGAUAUCAAGAGGACAACCACAGGUGCCUCCACCGCCCCGAUUGCAGCGCGUCUGGCUGCUGUUCGUGCUGUCCAGUCUGCUGCUGCUGCUGCAGCAUCAAGCAGUGCGAGCCCAGGAGGAGAGCACGAAGCAACCCACGUCGACGGAAUUACUGGUACCGCAGCCGGUAGUCGGCCAGUUCCCGUCGGAACGAGUUAGAGCCGGCCAGAAGCAGCUGGACAUGGGCAGCAGCAGCAGCAGCAGCGGCAACUCCACGGGGCCGGGUCCUCUGCGCUUCAAUCAUCUGGUGCUGGAUUCCAAGACCGGUCAGCUGUUCGCUGGUGCGGUUAAUCGCCUCAUCAAGCUCGACGCCAAUCUCGAGCUCGAGGAGGUCGUCGUCACUGGUCCGAAGGAGGACAGUCCGGAAUGCCACGCGAGCGGUUGUCCCUCGAGCCUCGACGUCGAGACUCAGGCGACGGACAACGUCAACAAGAUCCUGGUGGCGGACUACGAGACGCGCAGCCUCAUCGUAUGCGGCUCGGUGAUGCAGGGCGCCUGCGAGAAGCGCCGCAUGUCCAACAUCACCGCCAAGCCCGAGUACUUCGCCUUCGGCGUGGCGGCCAACGACGACAGCUCGUCCACCUACGCCUUCAUCGGGCCCGAGCGCUACCAGUCCUGGGAGAAGUCCAACGUCCUCUACGUCGGCACGACGUUCACGAACAACGCCGAGUACCGACACGACGUGCCGGCCAUAUCGAGCCGCCGACUCGACACCCUCGAGUUCGCCGAGUACGGCUUCAAUAAGCAGUCCAAGCUCGACAUCGACGUCAAGUAUCGCGACCACUUCCUCGUCAAGUACGUCUACGGCUUCAACGCCAGCGACUACGCCUACUUCGUCCUCGUGCAGAAGCAGUCCUUCCUCCCGGAGGAGGAGGAGCUCGGCUACAUAUCGAGGGUGGCGCGCAGCUGCAUCACCGACCCGAACUACGACAGCUACACCGAGGUCACGCUCCAGUGCAACGUCGAGGCCGCCGCGCUGCGCAACGAGUCCUACAAGCUCGUGCAGGACGCCAAAAUUGCGCCGGCCGGCAGCGACCUGGCCGCCCAACUCGGCAUAGCCGUCGGGGCGCCCGUCUUCGUCGCCAGCUUCUCGCCCAGCAAGGGCAUCACCAACGAGCCCCAGCCCAAGUCCGCCAUCUGCGUUUACAGUCUGCAAGAGAUACAGAACAAGUUCGACGAGAACAUACACAUGUGCUUCAACGGAAGCAUCAAGUACAGAAAUAUGGGCUACAUCAGCGGGCCCUUGGAAGAUGGCGCUUGUCCACAGGCGGGCAAAACUGGAAACAUACGAGACUUUUGUGAAGUCGGCCUAAAAAUAUCCGGCGUGUCGCCGAUCGAGGCGAAAUCCGUUCUUCAUUUCCCAGACACUUUCGUCACGUCGAUAACGCUGGCUAAUACGGAGAGUCACACGGUGGCCUUCCUGGGCACGGAAGACGGCAGCAUCAAGAAGGUCUUGCUGCACGCCUCGGAAGCGUCGCUCUACGAGAGCAUAGUCGUGGACAAGGGCAACAAGAUCCUGCCGGACACGACGAUAGCGCCGCGCGGCGACUACCUCUACGUUCUCUCGACCUCUCGGAUCUCCAAGAUUCAGGUGCAACAUUGCAACAGUUACACGAACUGCAAUAGCUGCCUCGCUGCCGGUGAUCCUUAUUGCGGCUGGUGCUCCUUGGAAAAGCGGUGCACGGUGCGACGAGACUGCCAAAAAGCGGCCAAUCGAAGCAGUCCUCGAUGGCUGGGCCUCGGCACGGGACAGCAGUGCAUCGACUUCGAGCAGGUUCUGCCCGAUCGCAUACCCAUCAAGCAGAUGACCACGGUCCAGCUGACCAUCAGGACGCUGCCCGAGCUGCCGAUCGGAGCCAAGUACAAGUGCGUCUUCGGCAGCGCCGACCCCAUCGACGCUCUCAUGACGGCCAACGGACUGUCCUGCCCGACGCCGCCCAUCUACUUCAGGCCCAACAUUCCCAAGGACGCCGAUCACGUCAACGUGCCGCUGUCGGUGCGAUCCAGCGAGACCAACAAAGACUUUGUGUCGCGCAACUUUGCCUACUUCGACUGCUCGCGACACACCAUCUGUACCGACUGCGUCAAAGCGCAAUGGGCCUGCAGCUGGUGCAUCUACGAUAACAAGUGUACUCACAAUACCACCGAAUGCCAAGGGACCAUCAUAUCCAGCGAAAAUAGUGUAUCGCCUAAUCUAGCUGCGCACGGUGCUCAAUACUGCCCGCGCUUCGUGCGACGUCAAAAACCGCUGAUGCUACCGAAUAACGUACCCAAAGAAAUCAGUCUCGAGGUGGAAAAUCUGCCGCAUCCCCAGGUGGGGCACACGGGCUUCCAGUGCUACGUGAAGAUGGAGGGUGCCCAGCUGAGGGUACAAGCUCGAGUCGACAGCAGUCGAUACAUCGUGUGCGACAAGACGGGAUACUCGUACGAGGCGCACACCGGACAGUACGAGGCCGAAGUCAUGGUCAUGUGGAACGGCAAUCAUUACGUGGAUCGUACGACCAUAAUCCUGUACAAGUGCGAAGUGCUGGGCUCCCACCGAGAGCACGCCGACUGCUCGUUGUGCGUCACGCGAGAGCGACACUUCGAGUGCACGUGGUGCAGCAACAGCUGCGUCUAUCGGCAUUCUUGCCUCAACGCCGCGUUCAGCGAAUGUCCAAAGCCGAGAAUCGACAUGAUUCGGCCACUGAGCGGACCGAUCGAAGGUAACACUCUUGUCACUAUUGAGGGCAGCAAUCUCGGCUUGCGCCAGAGCGAUGUGGCUGGCAAGAUUCUCAUCGGUAAUGCGUCCUGCACUCUCGUCGAUUACGAAAUCUCCGUACGAAUUGUGUGUCGUACGAGUCAGCACCCGGCCACCGACGAAGCCCCCGUCAUUGUCGGCAAUCAAGCCGGCUACACCCGUAGCUCCAUACAUUUCAGCUACAAGGAUGUACGUUUGAGCAGUCUCUAUCCGAACGUGGGGCCGCAGAGUGGAGGUACGCGUUUGGCUAUAAGCGGCGAACAUCUAAACAUCGGUACGACCAUUGCGGCUUACCUCGACGAACUACCCUGUCUCGUGGACGUCAAUCAGGCGACCAGUCGACGAGUCACUUGCUUGACCAGUCGCUCGGGAAGAGUACGCCGUGUGUCAAGGCUCACACUCAGCAUCGACGGAGCCAACCGAACUCUCGAUCUCAAUCCUUUUAAUUACACGCACGACCCGACUAUCAUGGACAUCAAACCGCUUAGUAGCUUUGCGUCGGGUGGAAGAAUGAUCACAGUACAUGGCACCAACCUCGAUACUAUCCAACGACCUGAGAUGAUCGUCUAUCUCGAUAAGGAUACUAUGCCGGUGAAUCGCACCGCGUGUACUGUUUUAAAUCCCUCACAAAUGGAGUGUCCAAGUCCCAGCAUUGCAGCUCGUUACCGCAGUCUCCUCGACCAACAGCUACAACUGAAACAACAACAGCAAAAGUUGCAUCAGUCCCGAAGAAGAAGGAGACGAUCGCUGCAGCGCAAGGAGUCCGGUCUAGGUCUGAAGAUCGGAUUUCUCAUGGACGCCGUUGAUACGGUACGCGAGCUCGACAAGCAACCGGGACAGCCACUGAGGGUUCGGCUCGUUUACGUCGAAGAUCCAAAGAUUACUCCGUUUCCGCGCAACAUCAAGCUUUACAAAGGUGACACAUUAGUGAUCGAAGGUGAAAAUCUAAACUUUGCCAGUGACGAGUCGGACGUGAGUGUAAGCGUAGGAUCGCAGCCGUGCAACGUGACAUCGCUGGCUCUGACGCAGCUGGUCUGUACACCGCCAGAGCAGCAACCCGCUGGUACGGAUGAGCUCGGCUACAGAACGGAUCAGGGACUGCCGCUCGUUGUCGUGCGCUUUGGACGAAAUCUGCGCUUCCCGAUUGGCUAUCUACACUACGAUCUGAUAAAGUCGUAUCCCAUUCCACCGGAAGCAAUAGCGGGCAUCGCCGCCGGAACUUUCGGUCUCAUCUUCGUGUUUGUCAUAGUGCUAAUUGUGUACAGACGCAAAAGUACGCAAGCCGAGCGCGAGUACAAGCGAAUCCAGAUUCAGAUGGACACCCUCGAAAGCAACGUCAGGAUGGAGUGUAAACAGGCCUUCGCCGAGCUGCAGACCGACAUGACUGACCUCACGGCCGAUCUCGAGUCCUCGGGUAUACCAACCUUGGAUCACAAGAAUUACAUCAUGAAGGUCUUCUUCCCGGGAGUGAUCGACCAUCCGAUCCUGAACGACCCUCGCUCGCGCACCAACGUGCCCCGCACCAACUACGACGCGGCCAUGCAGCAAUUCGAGCACCUCGUCAACAACAAGUGCUUCGUGCUCGCCUUCAUCGAGACCCUCGAGGCCCAGCCGGACUUCAACAUACGCGACAAGGUGAACGUCGCCUCGCUGCUCAUGAUCGUCCUCAUGGACAAGAUGGAGUACGCCACGGACAUACUGAUGAAUCUGUUGCUGAGGCUCAUCGACAAAUCCGUCAACACGAAGCAUCCCCAGCUCAUGCUCAGGCGCACCGAGUCCGUGGUCGAAAAAAUGCUCACCAACUGGAUGGCCCUCUGUAUGUACAACUACCUCAAAGAUUACGCAGGAUCGUCUCUUUUCCUUCUCUACAAGGCCAUCAAGCACCAAAUUGAAAAAGGCCCGGUGGACGCCUUCAGCCACGACGCGCGAUAUUCCUUGUCGGAGGAGCGGCUUCUGCGCGAGCAGAUAGAUCAUCAGCUCGUCAGUCUGCACGUCGUUCAAGAUGACCUCGAUGAGAAGAUACAAUGCAAGGUCCUCGAUUGCGACACCAUAAGCCAAGUCAAGUCCAAAAUACUCGAUGCCCUGUACAAAAACACGCCCUUCUCCAUGAGGCCCUCGGUUCACGAGGUCGAUCUCGAGUGGCGACACGGUCGCGGAGGUCAUCUCACGCUCCAGGACGAGGAUCUCACGACCAAGUGCUGCGGCGACUGGAAAAAAAUCAACACGCUCGCUCAUUACGGCGUCAAGGAGUCAGCCGUUAUGUCGCUCAUACCCCGCCAAAAUGACAGCUUCGUCCUGUCGAGCAAGCAACCUUGCCAUACCUGCACCAAGAGCUUGCAUCAGCAGCAUCCGCUGGCGCAAAUUGCCCAGCAGUACUCGAGGCAUUGCUCCAACGUGCAUAUUGCGCCAACGACCCCUAGCCACCCUCACCAUCAUCAUCAGCUCAUUAGUCCGUCGGCGCCUAUGUAUGCUCCACCUGGAAGCGGCAUCUACUUUGAUACCCAACACUCGCCGCCAAUGAUCAUUGCCAACGGUGACGUUGACGUCACUCAUGCAUCCUCUCAUAGACUAUAUCAUUUGCAGGUGAGACCAGUUGACGAAGUUCACUACGGAUCGAUGGGUUAUGCAAGUGGCAAAGUGCCACCGGGUCUCCAUCCAGAACGCACGCACAAGGCAAUACCGGAAAUUUUUCUGACGAGGCUAUUGUCGACCAAGGGUACCGUCCAAAAGUUUGUCGAUGACUUUUUCAAUACGAUAUUAACUGCCAACGAAGCACUGCCGAGCUCAAUUAAAUGGCUCUUCGACUUGCUCGACGAUGCCGCAGCCAAGCACCAGAUACUCGAUCCUGAAGUGCCCCAUGCUUGGAAGUCCAACAGUCUGCCUCUACGCUUCUGGGUGAAUUUCAUCAAAAACCCAGACUUCAUGUUCGACAUAAACAAAUCGCCGACGGUCGACUCGAGCCUGUCCGUCAUCGCUCAGACGUUCAUGGAUGCUUGCUCGACCAGCGAGCACCGGCUUGGCAAGGACUCGCCUUCGAACAAACUGCUCUUCGCCAAGGACAUACCUCACUAUCGCGAGAAAGUCGGUCGAUUUUACUCGGAGGUACAGAGGUUGCCGCUCAUCACCGACCAAGAGAUGUCCAGUACCAUGCAACAAUUGAGCGCGUCGCACGCCAACGAGUUCGAUGUCAUAGCGGCCCUCAAGGAGCUUUACAUCUACGUCGGCAAGUACUAUGGAACGAUUCUGGAGGUCUUAGAGACAGAUCCGACUUGCCGCAAGCUGCACCUGGCUCACAGGCUCGAAAAUGUGGCUUGCACUCUCGAGGGCGAGGAAACCAGCGCCUGCUGACAGCAACUGCAGGAGCAACCGCUGAAUCCGGCCAUGGACGCAGCCAUCGUCGCUUACGACUGAUGACGAUGACGAUGAGACGACGAUGCUCUACCGCCGACUAGUGCCUCCGCAAUUCAAUUGUCGAGCCGCCAAUUACGUACGUCGCAUAAACCAAGCAACCCCCACAUUAUUGCAAUCACACGCGCUCCCUAGUGUUUCCCCAUCUUCAUUGUCCAUACCUCGUGGCGAGUCUAUAAUCCGUAAUCUGCGUCAAAUGUAUAUAUAAAUGUCGUCGCUCGCCUUGCUUACGUCACAACAACGCAAGGCGUCGAGCGAGCUUUCGAGCUUCGUUCGAGCACGGUAAGCCUUUGGUAAAUUUGAUAUAUUAUAUAAGUAGGGAAACAGGAGUGAUGUUACAAUGAAAAACAAAGAUACGCUCUAGCGACGUAUCGUUGCGAAAUAGGCGGAUAAGUCAAACAAACCCCUAGCACGAGUGACAUCGUCAAAAAUGAAUAAUUGUGGAUAAAAUAAAAAUGUACGUGUACAUCGAUACGGAUCGAAAUUCACGCUGCAGCGUGCCGGGAGUACGUCGGGAGUAGAGCAAAAAAAAAAAUGCGUUCACAAGAGAGAGAGAGGGAGGACAGGAGAAAGAAAAAGAGAGACAGAGAGAGAGAGAGAGAGAGAGAGGCAGAGAGAGAGAGAUGUGUACACAUAUAACGUACGUUAAUUACUGGAGAGCCAACGGACGCGAUAACGACUAGGGAUAUUCGGUGGCGUAGCUUUUUUAUUUCGCCUUCACGCCCGCACAAAUUGCGCGCGCGCCAUAACGGAUACUCGAACUCUAACUCGCUGCUCUCUGCUGCCAUACCUUGCUGUAUACGGACCAAUACGUGUAUACGUAUACGCAGACUAACAUUUUUCUCUGUGCGUGUUGGCGUUUUUUAUAUUAUCUCUUGGGUACUUUUUCUUUUUAAUUGCGCGAGCACGAGUUCGGUGAUACCAACUACUGCAUACGUGCAGUAUCAACGCGUAUGCUCUCUCUCUCUCUCUUUUUUUCUCUCUCACUCACACUCUCUUUCUUGUGUACAUGCAAAUGCAACGUGCGAGUAGCAGAAAGUUGAAGGGGUCGGUGCAAAAAUACAAAUGCUAAAUUUCAAUUAAAAAAAAAAAAAAAAAAAACAAUGAAAAGCCAUUUAUUUAUAGUGUCCAACGUACUGUGCAUGCGACUAUUUCGUAUUACACAUAGGUUUAAUAUGUAUAAGAAAUCGCACCACAGUAAGUAAGUAGCAUGUCUGUGAUCCAGAAGCACGAGUGGCUAUGCCUAUUAUCUUCAUUAUGAUUAUUCAAUGAGAUAUGACAUGAGCAUACACACGUUAUUAUAAAAUAUAUUAUUAUAUACAUAAAUUAACGAACGAU